AUGCUUCAUUCUAAAAAUCUUUCAUCUGUUCUGGCCCAGACACUCACCGCUGGAAAUGAACAUGAUAGUGGCGCUAUUGUUUCUUCUAUUUUGAUCACACUAUCGGGCCAACCCAUUUCUUCACAUCAUCUUAAGCGACCACCUCCUCCAUCUCCGCCGUUUUCGACUAUCAACCACAUUUCACCAGGAGGCCGGAUAUCAUCAUCUCAUGACACUAAUAGUAUGGAUAGCACCCACAUAAUAAUUAAUGAAGAUGACGAAGAUGAAGAAGAUGAUAAGAUAACAGACGGUGGCCGAGCAAUUCCGUUUCACGUUUCACGAUCUGGAAAAACCAAGGUGUAUUCACUUUUUGCGUCUACCGCGUGGGAGGAGUACCGGCGUGCAGGAAUGGGUCAGCAAAUUUUUACGCAACAACCUCAGAAUUUAAGGGAUGGAACGCGAAGUGCUAGUAGGAGUGCAGGUAGUUCUGGCCGUCAUGGAAGCAGCAGAUCUAGCAAGCACGGAAAACGUAGUAAAUCUACGGCCAACGACGACUAUCGAAAACCGGGUAGUAGCGGCAGUGGUAUAAGCACAAACAUAGGCAGCAUAAAUUCUUCAGACACAUUAGAAAAACAAACCAAUACACGCGACUGGAUUUCUUUCAUAACCAACGAUAUGUCCAAUUCUGGUGUGAUCAUCUUUAUUGUUGCAAUACAUCUUAAAGCUAGCGGUGGAAAACUUCUACUUGUUCUUAUUGCAGAUGGCGACUGUCCUUUUGGAAUCAUUUCAAAAAAGGGCCAAGAGGCCGCCGCAGUGCUCGAAAACGAGCUGGAUACAUAUAACAUCUCAACAUGA